AUGACUAAUGUAAAAUUUGAAAUACCUAUAAAAAUCCCAAAAUCGAGUCAAACACUAGGUGACAAUGCACUUCGCAUUGUUGUUAGUUAUUGUACCUGGUUAACAUUGUUCUUUUUUAUGGGAUGGAUUUCAAAACAUCUAAUACCUAAAGUUCGAACAUUAAAACCAAAAGAACGAAUGUUUUGGAAAUUAGCAAUGGUUCGAGCAGUAUCUGGAUCAUUAUCAAUUUGGGCUGUCUAUCUUGUUUUUAUUGAUGAAAAGGUUAGACGUGAUUUUUCAGUAGCAACAACAGAUGAAUCAUGGGCAUUUGUAACUAUUUUAUUUGGUUUUUUCAUAUUUGAAGAACUUACAUUAAUUUUUUUUGAUAUAAAAUAUCAUACUUUUUCAAAAGAAUUACAUUUGCAUCAUAUUUUUGCAUUUAAUGGUUACUUGUUUGCUGCAUAUUAUAAUUGUGGUCAUUAUUAUGCAUUAAAAGGAUUUAUGCUUGAAGCAAGUACACCAUUUUCAUGUGUUUGUUGGUGUUUAUUAAAAUUAAAAUUGGAAAAAACAAAAGUUUGGAAAAUUAAUCAAUGGAUAUUGAUUAAUGUUUUCCAUUUUCGUACAUUUCUUGAAAUAUUAUGGUGGAUUGAUAUCUAUCAUGAUUGGAAUAAUAUUAAACAAAAUCUUCCAGUAGCAUUUACAAUUAAUAUGCUAGUCGGUCUUAUAACUAUUAGUUGUUGGUUAACACCUUAUUGGACGUAUAAAAAAACAGUGCAAUAUUUUCAUCCAACAGAUUGGAAUGUUGAAGGUCGAAAACAAAAAGCUGAUGAUGAAAUUGAUAAGACAUCAUAG